AUGCGAACUUCGGCUUCUCAAAUCAGCAUCGACUACUGGAUCAGACUCCUAGCAGAUCGAGGGGUGCCCGAGAAAAAGGUCAAACGCAUUGUCUACGGGCUGUCCAUCUGUGCAUCAUCCAACGGUACUCAGGGCACCGAAGAAGUCGACGCUAAAGGUUACUGGAACGAUGCUACAUCGCUGAUCCCGGCUGCGAAUGGAUCAGGAGCUUGUGCCUGGCUGCUCUCGUCGGCACUCCAGCUCAACGAUCAUGAUGCCAAGACAGCCGAAGGGAUAAACCAGCAGCUGGAUCAGCACGCAGAAACACUGUCCGCAGACUUCCAAAAGCUCCUGGAGUGUGGUGUUAGUGCCACAGAGAUAGCGGUUGAUGGUCAGUCGGCAUUGUACAUCGCUGUGCGACUCGGCUACCGAGCCAUCUGCGCCAUGCUACUCUGGCUAGGUGCUGACCAGCCCUUCGUUGGACUCGACCACAAUGAUCGAUUACUCGAGAGGCUACUGCGAGGUACAGACAGGACUAGUAAAGAUAAUAAAAGUGCCCUUGCUGUGGUCCAAUAUUCGCGGAUGGUCACGUGUCUGGACUACACCAUCUGCAGCCUCAAGGAGGCCGACAGAGACAAGCGCAUGUCAUCCAAGCUGCUCUUGGACCGUUGCCGGGAAUUAGAUCCUCAUAAGAAACGUUGUCUCGAGCGAGAAAAAGAGCAUGAGGACCGAAAGCGACGGACCCAGCUAUGGCGCACGUCUCCUACGAAGACUGCUCUCGGCAGCUUCACUCUGUCUGCUGUCUCGCCGGAUUCUGGAUAUGUUGGCACGCCGGGAGAUCAAGUGGCCUCUACACUCUACGACCCACCGCUCGUGCCGCUUCCGCACCCGCAAUCUUGCGGGAUGGUGCAGCAUAGCUCUGGCAUAUCCGACGCAACCGCUCAGCCGUCCUCUCGUCAAGCUCCGCAGGCCAAAACUUCUCAUCCAGAAGCCUCUGUAUGCUUGCCAUCCAGCGGUCAGCCGACCUUGAGCUCAUCAAGUCAAGCUACGCCGAAGUGGUCGUGGAAUCAAGAAAUCGUGCCUUCGUGUGGCUACCAACCCCAUCACAUUGGUACAACUCUCGCAGACGAUCUGGCCCUACCUCUUGUGCACGACGCAAUCCCACAAAACCCUGGAACUGCCAUGGCUGAGGCCCAGACCGGGACACUAUCCCACGAUCGGAGACAUGGUCGACAGGACUGGUCGCAAGACUACUACAGCUCUCAAUUCAGCUGCAUGGAGAGUUUUGCUACUGGCCAGAUACCUGGUGCGACUGGCCCUCAGCUUGCCAUGAGGACAGACGACGAUAUUAAUCAGCAACUACCAGUCACAUCCAACUUCCUAGAGGCGGACUAUGGUAUAGGCGUGGUAGAUAUGAAUCCGUACAUGGUGCCAAGUGCCUAUUCGGCCAGCAUGCUCGGUAUGAAAAAUGCAACCGACAUGCAGGCAGGAGUCUUAGCAAGACAACACAUAUCCUCGCAAAGCUCACGAUCAAGUGCCAAUGUUCGGUCUCAGAUACAGCAUUGGGAGAACAUCCAGCGGCAAGCGACACUGGAUUCUUCACGACUCGAAAUCGAGGCUGUGCGCAAAAGGACAGAAGCUGCCGAAGCACAGCGGGUCCUGUCGCGUCUGCGUGGUCGGGCCUCACAAGUCAGGAGUACGCAACCUAAGCCUACAAGUCCAUGGCCGAAUGUGACGAGCACACCCGCUGAACUAGUGCCAUGGCCCGAACUUCCUUCCUUCCUUUUCUGA